UUGAAAAUAUACACUUAUAAUUAAUAAAAUAGUUAUGUGUUUCGUAUUUACUUAAAUUGUUUAAACCUAAAAUAUUCGACUAACGCCGCCCGAGAUGGGUGCUUUAGUAACAAAAGCGUUACGACCUAUAAAAACAUUUAAUGUCGAGAAUCGUGCUCAUAGAGUUAUUUCGAAAGAAAAACCGAUACCGGCGCCGCAUUAUCCGUCUACAAAGGAAGAUUUAAAACGUACUUUAGCAGCGGUACCCGACAUAGAUGAAAAACUAGAUAAAAAGGACACAGCGCUUGAUGACAGAUUGAAAUCCGUUUAUGUAACAUCUUACGGCCGUCCCGAGGAUGACAUUACUAGAGAAAAAAUCCAGCAAAAUCCAAACCGACCGCUACCGAAGGACAGAUCUCAAGUUCCAGAGUUCGAAACGGGAUGGAAUGAACCGGAAGUAGUGCCAUAUGGACGUACGACUUUACGAAGAGCCUUAGAGUUUAUUGAAUCGCAUCAGAUGAAUCCCACAGAGGUCACAGCGUCGAAGAUAGCUUUAGAAUAUAAACUGAAAGACGAUGAUGUCGAAGCAAUUUUAAAAUACUUCAAGGCAUAUGAAAUUUAUAUUCCAGAAACAAAGAAAUCUGCAGCAACAUUUGCUGGUCCCACUAAUUAUAGAAGGAAGCAGCUCCAAGAAGCCAAAACUAAAGAAUUAGCUGGUAAAAGUGAAAUUGUUAAGGAACAAGAUAUUCCAGCGAAAGAUCAAGCAAAAAAUAACUAGUAAAUUAAUAAAAAAUCAUAGAUGGGGUGAAAUGAUACCAAGGGAUAAUUAAUUUCUUAUUUCUACUAUAUGUAUUAAUUUAUGCAUAGAAUUAACUAUGUGCAUACAAGUUUUUAUGUCUAAUUAAUAAAAUGACAACACUGAGGGAAUUUAUCCCAACAAAAGGUAUCCUACAGCCAUAAAAUGUAUGGUGGAUGCAUAUAACUAGUGAAUUUAGCUUAUUUUGAAGUGAAUCAUAAGCAAUGUAUUAAAUAACAUGUUAUGUUUAUUUCUUAAUUUAGUUACAAUAAGAUAUAGAGGUAAUUUAGGGAAUGAACAUCUGUGAU